GGUAGGUGGCGCAAACAACCGCCCAAUUAAAAGGAUCCACUCUGGUAUACAUUCAUUUAUCUAUUCACACGUUCGUUUUGCAUUUUGUUUCGGAAGCUCCUUGUUCGGAAAGCACGAAGCAGGAGCAAGAUGGCAGCAAUGGCAUUGCCUUCUCGAGAUAUUUGCUUCAAGCACCGGUCGCGGACUCGCACCACCAACUGGGGAGACGUGGAGACGUUGCAGCUGAUCGAACUGUGGCAGUCCUUCCGCUAUGAGCUGCAGCAAACCAAGAAGCGGCGUCCCAUCUUCGAGCAGAUGAGCCGGAUGAUGCACGGUUUCGGCUUCAGGAGGGACGCCAACGAAAUACAAGGAAGAAUUACCAACCUCGCCUACCUGUACCGGCGGGAAGGAAAGCUCCGGCUCGAAGAUCCCUCGCGGUCUCCGUGGAAAUUCUGGGAAAAUGUACACAAGGUUCUUCGCGGCGAGCCUCCCCGGCGUACGUUGUCAGCGUCGAUGUUUCAAGCACACCGAUCCGGAGUGUCUGUGUCCAAUGCCGAGGCGAGACGAAUUCCGUCCGACACGACGCUGACAGUGGUGAACCUCCCGCUUCCCGACAUCUCCAUUGUGAAGGUGGAGAAUGCCAGCGUGCCCGAGAGCACGUCGGCCGGCGAUGGGAGGAAGAGCUCUCCGGGCGAGUCGACGAGCACUUCUUCAUGGAUGGACCAGUCUGGCAACUCCGGCGCCAUCAACGGGAACCACUCGGAGGAAGAAGACGACGAGAGCGACAGCUUCCCUUACGCCGAGGUGCCUUGCGACUGCUCUUGUGACAUUGUGAAGACGGUGGUGGAGCAGCAGCGCCUUAUGGCCCUGCAGAUCCUGAAUGAGGAGGAGAUGCGACACGAGGAGCGCGUGCGCAUCGUCCUCGACAUGGAGAACCGGCUCAAGCAGGAGCACAACAACUUCAAACUGGCCCUCAUCGACAGGCUCAACAAGGGCUUCACCCAGAUCCUGAUGGCAGUCAAGUCUUCCACCGCACCGUCCUAGGGCGCUCCCUGGUGCAGGUCCAGGCCAGGGCCGCUUGGUGUGCCCCGAGUACCGCACUCGCUCUCCCUCGCUGAAAACGAAUGACUGGCUGCAUACAGUCACUUGGUCGGGAGUUGUUGCUGCCAUCUGCAAGAGUACACUGAGAGGACUCGUGUCCCUUUGAAAGGCUGACACGCAGCCUCGGUCCUCUACAAAGCAGAAAAUGCUAACUUGGGGCCCUAAUCUACACGGCAGGACCAAGGGACUGGGACAUCACCUCCUGCUGCGAUUGGUCAGUGGCGCGGCGCUGACCAAUCGCAGCAGGCGGCGAUGUCCCAAUUCCUAGAUUCCACUUGGUCAUGCUGUGUAGAUUAGGGCUCUUGGUGUCUUUUCGAACUGCGUGUGAGGGAAAGCAGUGACUUAGGUGGCAAGACACGGCCCAGUGGGCCCUUUGUUCGAAGGGUAGGAAACCAAACUUGGGAGAGGAGGAUGACAGAGAGAGAAAAGGGGAAGUGAAGUGUAUGUUGGGGACUCUUCGUCGGGUGCAGUGCAAGCUGGCAGUUCAGCCUAAACAGCCAAUUACUAGGCAGUUGAACGUCGGGGUCAGAGACAUCCUAGUGGACAUUUCUUGGAGGUUGUCUCAAGCUGACUUGAUGCACUGUCGAAGACACUGCUUCAGUCGUCUCUUGAAAAAUAUUUAUGGCAAAAGAACAGGGCUCGGUCAUGAGCCCGCCUCACUUGGCGAUUGGGGAGAUGGAAACGUUUGAAUAGUUGGAUCUAGAAGUAGAAAUGUAGAGAUAUUUGACUGCUCUUUGCAUAUCUUGUGGUUCUAGCCAUGGCGAGACUUACUGGGUAUUCACAAAGAACCAGAGCUUCCAGGCUUUUUCUCGGUGUCGCUUCAUAGUGCAAGCAUCGGGCUGGAUUCAACAUGAAUCUGCUGUACUCGGCUUCUUAGCCCAAGAUUGUGCAGUGUCCAACAAUUUCAAAGACCCACUUGAACUGUGCCAAGGUACGAGGAGUGGGUCUUUCAUAUUGUUACAGAGUGUAGCAUGCUUUCUUGCUAAUUGUACAAGCUUUUUACAAGCAUUACACAUACAUUUUCUCACAGCACAUUGAGGCCAUUCAUUAUCAUUUAUGCAGGAAGAGCAACGAGUGAGGCGUCAUUGACCCAAUGACAUUCAACCUUGAAAAUGCUAUCUGCCCUGGGAUUCCGAGCACACGAGCAUCGUGCUCAAUGUCCCAGUGUCUACUGCUUUUGGGGCGGUGGGGGGGAAGCGUUAUUGACUCCUCUUGUAAAUGUUAAACAUAGACUGUCCGCUUGUCCUGCAAGGAAGUAGAUGCUGUGGCUUCGGAAGUAUGCGGGAAAAGGGGGCGGGAGGAUUCCCUCUGUUUUCCCUGAAUUGUUUACUAGAAAUCGGUGAUUCCAUAUUUCAAGGUGCUGGCAAAACCACUCAUCGAAAUUUCACCAGACACUAAAAUGAACAUAAAAAACACCUAAAAGUGAUUAAGUAUUCAUAUUGAUCAGAUUCCAUACUUUAAGAGUAACUUUAAAUAACCCAGUCACUCUGAGGUACAUAGCACAUUUCCAUAAUAUGGUGGUAAAUUUCACCAUCUGGCAACACAGCUAGAAAUGUUGAGGGGGGAGGGGGUGCAAUUGUGUCCCCCCUGCACCACUGAGUAGAUGCCUGUACUUUGUUCAUAAUAAGCUUGUGCUGUCUGCCAGAAGGUAUGGUGUGUAUGGUGUAGUAGCUGUUUGGGGAAAGACUUCUUUCUGAACUGCAUAGGCUAUGGAGAGGUGUCACUCGGGAGGAAAGCUGACAAUGGGAGCUCAUUUUUUUUUUUUUUUUAAGUAGAGAGAGAUUCUUUGAAAUGAAGCCAAAGGAGUGACCACAUUGUCUAUUUUUCUCUGUCAUUUAAGAGUGAGCAGUGCUCUCUCUCUUGUUGCUUCAGCUGUGCGAGUGUCAGUAUGUCUGUUACUCAUCAUCCAUUUGUGUCUGGGAAUAGCCACAAGCAACUGAUUGUCGACCACUAUUUCCUUCUCUGGGGGUGCUAUGGAGUGCGGUACUUGGGGGACAUUGAGUGGCUGCGGGUCGGGCCCCUAGGCAAUGCGGCAUAUGCAGAUUUGCCACAUUAUGCAAUUUAUAAGCAUUCAUCGCUCGUAGUUUAUUCUAGUACAUACCUUAGAUACUCCUAGUAGGAGGCUGGGCGAAAACCUAAACUGCGGGCUCGUGUCUGGCUGCAAUUCCAGACAUUCUCAAUCAAAGUGAUGCUGACUGCACGAUGGGGCACCGAGCUAUGAGCAGGGCUUCCGGUUUUCGGUGAUGACCCUUAAAUUCAGCGGUGUACCGGCGUAUUGUCGAAAUCCGGUCAUAUCCAUGUUUUUCAACGACCCUUUGCUUUUGGUCAUAUGUCCGAUUCCAUUUGGAAGAAAAGAUAGACAAAGCCUUGGGAGACAUUUUAGUUGCAAGGCUCUAUUACAUGACGUCGGGCAAUUCCACCAAGCUUUCUGCUCUAGGUGCCUAGCGAAGGGCGAUAGAUUUUAUUUUUGCCAGCGCUCUAGUUCAAGAAGCAAACGGUGAACAUAGAAUUAUUCUGACCUAGAGAACAGUGCAGCUGCACUCUCUCGUUGAUGGUUUAUUGGUGCGUGCCCAUGACCGGAUGCCCUAGCCAUGGACGAGCGAUGCGGGCGUCAGCCUAUUGGUUUGUUGCGGGUGGAGCGGGCUUCACUGAUACACCAACUGUGGUGGCGUCCAGCCGAACUGCCGCUGUUUUUAGGGCCGGUCCAGCCAAGCCGUCUUCCUUUCUCAAGAUUCAGCUGCACUAGGUGCACGCUGCUUUGCCACGGAGAGUUUUUAUCUACUUAAUUUAAGAGGCCUAAGGGUCAAGUGUUUGUAUUAUUUAUAUCCGGUGUGUCGUUAGUCCUUUGUUUCUCAUAUGUGUGGGAAUCCCGCUGUAGUGCACUUGAGGAGCCAGUGGGGGAGGGGGGGGGGGGGGGGGGGGAAGGAGGUCACAAUGCUACAGUGAGGACUGGUCCAUGAGAAACGUUCCUCACUGGUUCGGGGUUAGGGGAAAGCGGGGGGGGGGGGGGUUCGGGUUCAAAUCCAAAUCUUGGAGCAGGCUGUCGCUGACUAUCUAAUCUUUCGACUGAGCUUAACAGGGGAGGUUUUCCAGGGGGGUACUAGCCAUUUCUCAAAUUUUGUGUUCAUUUCGUAGCUUGCUUGGUGAAGAGAGUGCAUAAUAUUUGUUUACCAUCGAUUCCCUGAUGCAAUGCCCGACGGUCUUGUAUUUUAUGUUGUUUUUGAAAUGUGAGCUGUGAAUCAGUAAGCGUGCUACACUGUAAUACCGCGAGUUUUGCAAAAUACAUAUCAUACUUAUUACAAA